AUGUCGAACAUCACCUUACUUCGAGGGUUUUGCCCCCCGCCCUUCUUCGAUGUCUCAAAAUUCAGUCUGGAAGGAUUCGUUGAUGGAAGAUUCUGCGCACCUGUUGCAGCAAACCUGGUCUGUUGUCUGCCAUGUCCAAUGACGGAUUUCAUCUACCCACCUCGUUUCAAUACAUACUAUCGUGUGGCAGAAGCGUUGAACGUGGUGGGCUUGAUAUGUCUGGUAUUCCUCUUGAUUACAUUCAUAGUCUUGCCCGCCGAGAAAACUAGACGGCACUAUUUGAGUUAUUGCUUGAUCAUCGCCGCAAUUCUCAUGGCACUCGGCUUCGUCGUACCCUUUGGAGCACAACCUGAACAGUGUUAUGACGAAAUAACACCCAACGACAUGUACACCAGUCUGACAUGCGCAUUUUCAGGCGCUUUUCUCAUCUCCGGGGGGCUUUCCUUUGGAGUAUGGAUCUUCAUUCGCGCUUUGUCGAUGCACCUCCAAAUCUGCUGGGAUGUGACGCCUGGCAAGAGGUUCUUCUACUGGGCUCAAGGACUGGGUUGGUCCGUUGUCGCUACCUUCUUCACCGUCACCAUCACCAUUACCGGCGUGUCAUACCGAUUCGGUGAUGUCUGCCAUGUCAAUGCGGCACAUUCAAUGGGUGACCUCUGGGGUCCACUCCUCGCCAUUGCCGGAGCAGCCACUCUCCUCCAAAUCGGUACCUUCUUCUACUGCAUCAAGGUCUAUCUCCAGAACAUGUUCAGCGACGAAGGCACGGAGACUCAAAGCAGUGCCGGGCUACCAUCCUACACCAACAGUACGCGAACUCGCUCGGCGCGCGCUGUGUAUCGACGUGUUCGCAAGGUCCUUUGGCUGCAAUGGAGAGGAAUCACGAUUGUGGUAUUUAUUCUUGUCGAUGUCGUGUUCCUCUCCAUUGUAUUCAUCUGGCUCAACGACAUCACAUCGCAUGCUACAGAGGAUAUGGAGGACCUCAGACCAUUUGUCGGCUGUCUGCUCAAAAACCCCAACGAUCCGGCACCAUGUUAUUCGCUUGGUCAGGAGCUAUCUGUUGACGAGUCCACGGUCGUCGCCAUCCUGAUGAUGCUCUCGGUCGCUGGACUGCAGUGCUUCAUUUUGCUUGUUCGGUGGACCAUGAUCACAGGAUGGAUCGACUAUUUCAAAGCAAAGUUCAGCAAGAAUCGCGAAUUCGUGUCUUUGGACGCAAAGAAGAAUGCCGGAGACCUUGAGCUGAAGAAAUUCGAAUUGCAACAACCGAUGAAUGCCUAUAGCCCUGGCCUUGCCAGCUACGCGGCCAUAGCUACAACGCCCCGUGCAGACACACCGGAUUAUCUUGCGAAGGAGUCGAUGCAGACGGAGCGGGCUUACCGCAGUCCAACUCUAAGCUUCUCCACGCCGCGACCACAAUCGCGAGCUGGAGUUAAUAAUGUAGAAUGGGAUCCGAGAUCGUCGCAUGCACGAGGAGGACUGGGCCUACAUCCUCCGGGUUACGACGCAAAAAUAUGA